GUGUUAAAACAUUACCAACAAUGGAGAGCAACCAAAUCCCUUUCAGAGUGUAGCUUACAAGUUUGUAUCGACCAAUGACGACUUCUGCUAAAAGACUUGCUAUUGGAAUUGAGAUGAAUGAAACACUGGAAAAGACUAGGGUAUAUUUGGGCUCCACCAACCACAGAAUGGCUGGAUUUUCCUUCUUCUCUGGACUCAAAUUCAACUUGUAUUGCUGCAUUGUAUUGAGGGUGAAGCCUAGUGAGCAACAAAUGAUAAACUCCCAUGCCAGAAUGAGCAAGAGGCUGCGUGAACCAAUGCUACGAUGUCUCCACUUCCUCCGUCUGCUGGUGUGUCUGACUCUGCAUAUGUUGCUCUCCUGGACUCCUGGAGGUGACUCCGUUACUGUGACAUCGUCACCAGAACACGAUUCUCUCAUGCUGAUUCCUUCCUUCUCUCCAACACAAGUCGCCAUUAUUCUAUUGGUACACAACAAUCAAGUGACAUUCAAGUUGAUGGCAUUUUGGGGAUUAUGAUUGAGUGGCAACUGCCUUGCAGAGUACAGUUUGCAAUCUUCUCUGCAGUUCUAAAUAUUCUGAGGCUCAGUUGUGACAUUGACAACUCCUACUACAUGCUUUUAUACUGCUAGAGUUUCACUAAUCUCUUGGUUUCGA